GAUGCUGUCAGAACAUCAUAAAUGUCAAUUGUCAGUUCCUCUUUGAUUCAAUUUGAAGUUUUAAGUUUUGACCGUUUUUAAUUGUUUAUUUACCUGCGCCAAAACUUAUUUUAUACCGUACAUAUUUUGUGAUCAUUUGCGUGGUUAUUAGUAUCAGAAGAAAAUUCUCAAACUAAUUCCUUUUUCAAACGCCAAGAUGACAUCUCAAACAGAAAAUUUGAAAACAAAUGAAUUUCAACGACGGAGAAAGCUUAGACUUCAACAGGUACGUGAGCAAUCAAAAGAUAUUGCUAAGAAAAUAAGACAGCGUGCUAAACUUGAAAAGUUGAAACAGGCGUCAGACUUCGACGUUUUCAAACAAAGGGAAUAUUUAAUGAAACAAGGAGAACUAGUCAAACAAUUAGAGGUGUUGUACUCAAAAGGAAUAGAAAAUGUAGGAUCUAGUCAUAGGAGUGCCUUAGAAGAUCGACCUGAUGUGGUUCCAAAGAAACUAGAUCUAACAAAAGUACGUGCGAGGGAAGCAGCCUCAAAAUUAAGAAGAGCAAAACAGGAAAAGUUAGAUGAACAAAAAAGAAUAUUAGACAGAAAAUUACAAGCCCGCGAGGUAGCUAAUGAACUAAGCAGAGAUAAAACUAUUAAAGCGUCAAAGAAACCUUCAGAGACACAUCUUCAAAGUACUGAAAUGGAAGAACCGUCUAAAGAUGCACAGCCAGUAGCUCAGGAACAAGAGAAACCAAGCAGAAAUGAUAUUGCCACUCAAUGGGAAAUGGAAGAACCAUCAACUGAAUUAGAACACAACAUUCCAACAUUAACUUUGAUGGACGAUAAAGACACUCCCACUGAACUUAAUAAUAAUAUGCCACAGAAAUCUGACAAUAGCAAGAGGUUAGAUCUCUUUGCAUUGAGUGAGGGUAUGCCGUUGAGUCUUCGUGGAAGUGUCGUCAAUGAAGAAAGAGUUUCAGUUAAGGAAUCUGUAAAUAUAGUUUCAGAAUUUUUGAGGAAUAGAGCUAUGCGUUUGAGAGAAACCGAUCAUAUUAGCAGUUUAAACAAAAGUCAAUGCGGUGAUUUAGUUGGUGUGAAGGAAACUAUUCUACGUACAAGAUCAUCAAGAACUGAAGGUACAAGUUAUGUGUGUCAUGUACUUGAUGAACAAGUAAUUCCUGUUCCAUCUUGGGAAUCUCAAAAAUGUCAACUUUGUUAUCAGCAAGUUUUAAUGCAUAAAACAAAUAUCAAUAAUAAAAUUUUGAAUGAAGUUACAAAAAGAAAAUCUUAUCAAGAGCCAUGUUCUAAUCUUUCUCUCAGUAAAAAGAGUCCUAUAAAAAAAUCGACUGUGUAUCAUGGAAAUAGUAAAAAUUUAAGCAAUGAAAGGUUAUUAAGAACUAGUGCACCAGCCAGUGGUUCUACUGGGAAAAAAUUUAUAACCAUGUAUGAUCAUUCCACACGAGAUGCCAGAAGUAUACCUAUUGUUAAUAAUGAUGAACAGUAUGUAACAAGGGAUCGUGAGACUGAGGAAGAUGCAUAUGUUAAAGCGAUGAGAGAAUCAAAUGUUGAUAAUUCGAAAAGUAGAGAGAACAAAGAACAAACAAGAAUUAAGAAUAUAAGAAACAGAGUAGCAAUGACAAAGGAAUCUGUGGAGAAAGAAUAUAAAGAUACCAUGAAUUUUUUGAAAUCACUACCAAAAGACAUGAAUCAACCAACCAGGAGCUCCUAUAUGGACGAGAAUCGUCAGCAGCUGCAGCAGGAGAGACGACAGCACAAGAUGCAAUGUGAAUUCAGAAAAAUACAAAGGGAAUGUAGCAGACAUAAAAAAACAAAUGGACGAAGGAACUCAAAAUCACCAAUCAACAACUUUGAAAGUGGUGACUUUCAAUAUUCUUGGAUGCCAGUGCCCGAGAGUGACAAUAACCUUGCUAUUCAUACGAUCCCAACAUCUGUUAGAGAAGGAAAAGUUGGGAACACAGUGAAGUUUAGCAAAGUAGACAGCUAUCAUGAGUACAGAUCACGACACAAACACACUCCGCCUACUAAGGAUAUUAGUAAAGAAAAUCAAGCCACUAGAAGAAUUGAAGGUUUGAUAGUUGAUAAUGAUGUUAGCGACACCAGCGAGACUUCCUCAGUUACAUCGAAUGUCAGUUCAUCUGAAAACAUCAGGAUUCAGCCAAAAAAAACGAACGUGCAAAACGAGAGUGAAAUUUCUGAGGCAGAUAGGAUUAUUAUUUAUAAAAUUUUGGAUUCUAGAAAAAACAAAAAUUGCAAGAAGAAUAAUAAGCUAUUGACUGAAAUCAAACAAUCUUUAGGAUCGAAUGUUUGUAGUAAAAAACCUGUACCAAGUACAACCGAUGAACCUGAAGAAAAAGAUUCAGCAGAACAUGUAGAUGAAGGUGUAUACGAACCAGUAAACGAUAAAGGGCUAUUUAUAGAAAAAUGUUUUAACACAAAUGUCGAAUUGUGGCACAGCACCGAACAAAAUUGCUGGUGGAAUCCUCAAAAGACCAAUCAGAAUGCUUCACACAAACCAGAAGGAAGUAAAGUUUGCCAAUGUAGCAAAAAAUCGAAAGACAUGGAAGGAGCUGCUAAUCAUUGGGAUAUCAGUGAUUCAUCAAACAGAACAUCAAAUCUAUGCGUGGCUUGUAAAUGUGCGUGCUCUAAGUCAAGGACCAGACAUGUUAGUCCUCCCCCGCCACUACCAUCAGCAGCGACGUCCACUACAUCCUUCAAAUCAGCAACCAAUGCGGCAAAUAAUACCACUCCAGAUUCUGGAUUUAUCAAACUCAUAGAAACCGGUGGCCACGAAGCAGGGAAAUUUUACAUUGGAGCUUCAGGAUUUCUAAAAAACGAUAAUUAUGAAGUGGUCAUACAGUUGAGAAAGAAAUACGACGAGAACAAACUUGAAGAAAAAACAGAGUCAACGGAAGUAAAACAAAAUACGAAGGAGAUACAUCUUGAACCAGAGGCAGUCGCAGAAGAUAACGCCCAGUCUGAGAGGGAAGUAAGUGCUGUCCAACAUUCCAAUAUGGAUAAGUCUGACGCAGUGACAAAAGCUUCAGAGAUUAAUGUAAAUAAAGACGACGUUUUCCCAGUUCUUCCUCCGGAUACAGUUACUGAAGCAGGACAAAACGACAUCGCCUCGAAUCAGGCUGAUUCACCUAAAGCUUCGCUUUGUGAUAAAGGCGUAGAAACUUCUUUUAAAUUGUCUUAUGUGAUGCCAAGUAAUGCGCCGAAAACAGACCCUGGGCCCCGACCAGGAACCUCGACGUAUACUCAAACAAGCUUCGGCUCUCCGAAUAAUAGACCAGUAUUUUUUCAUAUGAGUUCGUCCACGUCUACCGCUUACAUGAGUCCACCUGAAUUAAUCCUACCCAGAUGUCUGAAACGUGGACAUUGUAAACACAAAGAACAAUUCUAUGAGUCGUCUCGUGUUCAAAGUCGGGAAAAACUUGAACAUUACGAUCAACAUCAUUAUAACGAAGAAUACAGUUGCAGCUGUAAAAGAUGUAUACAGAUUCCCAAUAAAAGAAUGUCACGGAAAUCCAGAGAUUCUGUAUGUUAUAAGGAUUGUACUAAAUCUAAACAUACUCCUUCGAAUACGUCUAGCUGCCUCAGCUCACAUAGGCACAAAAAAUGUGCAAAGAAAAACACAUCGUCAACAAAAUUCAAUAAAAACGAGAAUCAAGUUUCUGGAAACUCUAAAAAAUGUCUUAACAGACAUAAUACAGAUAAUGUAACUAAAAAGCCGUUGCAAUCUGUAUAUAACUUGAAAUAUAAAGACAGGCCUACAUUUGUUCAAACCAACUUAAACCCCGUAAUAAAAAGUUACGUAAGCAAAUUGUUGACUUUAAAUAGGGAAGGAUUAAAAGCUGUUGAGGUAGUCAAUCAAGAUUGCAGUUCUGUAGCUACACCAGGAAGCUCCAUCGUCAAUGAGCCUAAAAAUAUCAACCGAACUAAGAGCGCGGAAACUCAGAUAUCUUUAGAACAAAUAAAACAUAUAGUAAAACAAAAAAUUUUGAAUGAAAAUAAGAAUUUUCCACCACCAAAUGAAUGUAUCAUGGGAGAUUUUCAGAAGAGUCCAUUGAAACAAAAGCCAAGACUGUGUCGAAAGAAAAUAGUACACAAGGUGAAAUCUUUUAACGUUUCAAAGAAUUUGAAGCCCAAGGCAACACGAGUAACACAGGUGUCUGUGGAAAAACUUGCUAUUAGCUCCUCUACAUCUUCUAUGAAAGACGAUACGGAGACAUCAAACAAAGAUAAACCUAGCAGCAAAGCAUCACAAAUUACAAGAAAAAUAGAAACUGGUGGUUCUGUAUUCAAACCAAGUCAUUCAAAUCUGCGAUGUGUAGAAACGAACAAAAAUAAUAAAGAGGAGAAAAGAAAUAAUAAAGUCUCUUUAUCUACUAACGUAAAACUACAGGGUCAACAGAACAAGAUUAAAAAUAAUAUGCCUAUAACAGAUCAAUCCGGAUUUAAUACGCGGCCUUGUGAUUGGGUGCUUGACGAAUCUAAACAAAACAAAUGUGAAAUUCCGAUGACCACUGGAACUCAAACUGUUAACGAAGAUUUGAAAUACGUAAAAUUAGCUGUCGAUAAACUUCAAAAUAUGGAGAAGAUUGCAGACCUAACUGAAAAAUGUACUAAACGUCUAUCAAACUUGGCUAAAGUGUUAGAGGAAGUAAGGAAAAAUAAGUCACUGGUUUACAGCCAAAUCUCAUCCUCAGAUAACACUUCUGGUUCAGAACACAGAAAUGAAAAAAUGAUAAAUAGUAAAUCUCCACCGUACACACAAUCUGACGAAGAUAAUGAAUUACAGAAUAACCAAGUCUUCUUAGGAACAAAAUCUGUAUCAUCUAAAGAUACAACUAUAAGUUCAACUGAAUAUAUCCCGUUUUUAAAUGAUAUUCCAAAACCGCCACCAACUUCCUUUGACUCAGGUGACACGCAUCUUUCGGUAUCGCCAGUUGUAAAGUUGCCUGUAAAUUUUGAUUCACAUUUACUAUCCAGCUUGGAGGUAAAUAUCAAAACAAGAGCGAAACCACCUCCUGCGCUUUCGAGGAUUCAUUUGAAACAUGGCAACGAUCAUAUAAUUCCUCAUGAAUUAUCAACAGUUUUAGAAGUUGACUCACCCAUGAGUCUCAAAUUAAAAAACCAAUCGAACAACAAGAGCGAGAUUCCUGUCAGUUCAGGAAAUGCAGAAAAAGUAGAGUCUAAACAUGAAACUUUAAGCAGUUCCCAAAAUAGAGAAACAUUGGUAGAUCCUGAUUUAUUAAAAAGUAAUUUGGAAGUUCCUAAUCAUAAAAUUAAAUUGCCCCGCAACAAUGAAUUGUCAGACGUCUCUAAAGUACAGAUGAUGGAUUUAAAACAGUUCAAUGAGAUUAUGUUAAAGCCAUUCAUAACAUUUCAAGAACAUGCCAAGCAAUGUAAUAUUUUACAUAGCGAUUUUGGUAGUGAAAUUGCUAAAGAAAUAGUUACUGAUGAAAUUAGUUCUCUUCACUCUGAUGGCAGUUUACCAGAUGUUAUAGCUGAAUUGCUCAAAAGGAACGUUAUAAGUGAACCAUUCAAAUAUGAUACAGUUUCGAACAUUAAUUCCACUUCGAUAUCAUCUGAAUCUACGAUGUCUGUUUUAGCAUUGUCAAAAACUAGAAAGGAUAAAAAGAAGUCAAGCGUUAUGUUUAACACUAAAGAAAAUGCGGCCGAAACAUCAGAUUCAUUAAGCGUUUCAUCAAAUCCAGAUUUAGAGAAAGCGUUUAAAAAUUUAGGAAUGGGCUGGGCGUCUUCUACUUUAAAAAAGACAAAAGAAAGGUUGGCUCUUUCAUCAUCAAGUAAUACGUCCAGUUCUAGUUUAUCUCAAUUCAAAAUAAAGAGUUUUAAUAACCACGAAAUACCAGCGUUAGUGACUGAUUCGGUGUCGUCCAUUUUAAAUUCGUCAAAAAACACGAAACAAAAAUGUGUUGUACCAGAAACCUCGAACGUCGAGCAACAGACAUCUUUAAUAAAUUCAAUUACCGUGAAAGACUUUUUGAAAAAUGAACUAGCCAAGAAAAUAACUUUUACCAAUAAGACUUACAAAGAUGAUUCAGAAGAAUUUGUAUCGUUGUUUGACACUAAAAUCCCUGAAGGUAUGAAACAUGAUUCUGACAAUACCCGUGAACAGCCUUCGAUGGACAGCAUUCCGAGUGGAAACAACCGAGCACGUACAUCAACCCCUGUACAAGUUUACAAGUCGAUGACAUACCAAUCUAGUUCAACUUCAAACUUGUCCAACGGCCUAUUUAGUAAUGCCGACGACCUGUCUUCGGUAAAAGGCACAUCGAAUUCCAUGAAAAAUCAUUCCGCAUCAGAAAAGGACGACUUACUAAUUCCAAAACUAAGUUUGAAGACGAAGAUGAGUUCAUCGGAUAGUAAUAAAAGUGAUUAAUUGUUGUAUUACAUAUUUAUUUUCUGUAUCCAUGUAAUUUGUGCAAAUAUAUUUUAUUUUUGAUGAA